AUCGCUUUGUAAAGCGAAAAAUCUCUCUUCAGACCAAUUUUAUUCGGAGAUUUGAUUUGUUAAGAUGUCAAUUGAAGUAGCGGCGGCGGCGGCGGCGGCGGUUGAACUUCCGACGGAGGUGGCCGAGAAGCAGCCGCACAGGCUGGAGAGGAAGUGGUCGUUUUGGUUCGACAACCAGUCGAAGCCAAAGCAGGGGGCAACGUGGGGCGCUUCUCUUCGCAAAGUCUACACUUUCGACACUGUAGAAGAAUUCUGGUGUUUAUACGAUCAGAUAUUCAGACCAAGCAAGUUUACAGGAAAUGCCGACUUUCACUUAUUCAGAGCUGGAGUGGAGCCUAAAUGGGAAGACCCCGAGUGUGCCAAUGGAGGAAAGUGGACUGUCAAUAGCAACAGAAAGGCUGAUAUGGACAAUAUGUGGCUUGAAACUUUAAUGGCUCUAAUCGGGGAGCAGUUCGAUGAGGGCGAUGAGCUUUGUGGAGUGGUUGCUAGUGUGCGCCAAAGGCAAGACAAAGUCUCGUUAUGGACCAAGACUGCAGCCAAUGAAGCUGUUCAGAUGGGCAUAGGAAGGAAGUGGAAGGAGAUUAUCGAUGUUCCGGACAAAAUCUCUUACAGCUUUCACGACGACGCCAGGAGUAAAAAGUCGAGCGGUCGAUACAGUGUGUGAUGCUCCUCACAUGAUUUUGUCGACAACUUCUAUGUUUUACCGGACCACAAUUUUGACGUGAAUUUCCGGUAUUAGUUUUGUGCUCUUUAACUAUUUAUUUUGUCUAAUCAGAUGUAUACUGAAGAAUUGACAAAAAGUUUUGAACUAAUGAAUCAAAAAUAUGCUUCUGAAUGUUAA